GAAUCCGGUAGCCUGAAGAGUGAAGACUCUGAAUAAAAAAAGUGAAGAGUGGGAAGGGGGUGGUUGUGGGGAUUUGCAGCGAAGCGAGGAAGAUGCACAGUCAACAAACAGAGAAAGAAGAAGACGACGAAGGCCCACCUCCGGGAUGGCAACCUAUUCCCACUCAUCCUCCGCCGCCGCCACCGCCACCGCCACGUCCAUCCGGUUGGGCUCAAAUGGUUUGCGGUUCUUGCCGUCGACUGCUUUCGUAUCCACGAGGUGCCAAACAUGUCAAAUGUUCAUGUUGUCAGACUGUCAACAUUGUAUUAGAAGGUGAUCAGGUUGGGCAAGUUAAGUGUGGCAGUUGUGCAGUAUUGCUAAUGUACCCAUAUGGUGCUUCGCAAGUUAGAUGUUCCUCAUGCCGGUUUGUGACAGAAAUUGGGGCACACAACAAGCGGCCUCCAUGGUCUGUACAACAAAGGAAACCAACUCCAACCAAAACUGGUUGUUAGUGGCCUGUCCAUUGGCCUAUUAGAUGGACCGUCCUUGUAUAUCAAACAAAUUAGGUAUGAGGAUUCAUGGAUCAAUCUCAAAACUGCUUUGUUAUUGCCAUAAGCAUCCAUAUGGAAUUAUUUAUUAAUGUAAAGUUUUGGAAGUAAUUUCACCGUGAUUUUUUAAAUGAAGAGUCUUCUAUUCCUGCUUGGACC